CAUCACCGUCUUGCGUCUCUUCACCGUCGGCAUGGCCUUCAGCAGAGCUCAGCACUUCUCCGGCAGGUCUCUCUCCACUAGCCGCUCAAUGGCUCCGGUUAGUUUCUCCAGCUACGGAAGUCAGUCGGCUGGGUUAGGGUUUGGAUCCGGCUCUGGGUCGGGCUUCGGGUCUGGUGCCGGUUCAGGGUUUGGGUCUGGUUUUGGGUCAGGAUUUGGGGCGGGUGGAGGUUCUUUCUCGGGGGGUUUGAGGAUGGUUGGAGGCUCUCUCUCGGCCGCAAGUGGAGGUCACGUUGGGGCCAGUUUCAGGGCCGCCUCGGGCUCUUUCUCAGAAGCCGUGUCCAACGUUGUCAAUGACAAACAGCAGCUCCAGAUUCUGAACGAUCGUCUCGCGACGUACCUGGAGAAGGUGAAGCGCCUGGAGACCACGAACCUGGAGCUCAACGAGAAGCUCCGCGCGUUCACCGUCAACCGAGUCCAGAGCAGCGUCAACCUGGAGCCCUACGAGAUCCAGAUCAAACCACUGCGGGAGAAGCUUCUGCUUCUCCUUCAGGAGCACACGCGCAUCGCUUUAGCCGUGGACAACGCCAAACUGGCCGCCGAUGAUUUCAGAAUGAAGUUCGAGACGGAGCUGUCCAUGCGUCAGUCUGUGGAGGGAGACAUCGCAGGUCUGAAGACCCUGAAGAAAGAGUACGACUCCACCAACAGUGUGUUGUUGCAGGAGCUCACGGGCCUGAGCAAGGAGUGCACCGCCCUCAAAACACUCCAGCACGAGGAGAUUGUGUCGCUGCGAGGUCAGAUGGUCGGCACGGUGACGGUGGAUGUGAAGCAGGUCGAGAGCACGGAUCUGUCCCGAGUGCUGGCCGAGAUCCGCUCAGAGUACGAGAUGCUCAUCGAGAAGAACCGCAGAGAGCUGGAGAGCUGGUACACCAGACAGGUGGAGAAGAAGCAGGAGGAGGCGACGCUGAUCACUGAGACAACCAUCAGCGGAAGCUCAGAGAUCACAGAAAACCGCAAACAAACCCUGAGCCUGCAGACACAGCUGGAGUCCUCACUGAUGGAGAAGGGCAGUGUGGAGCAGCGUCUGGUGGAGCUUCAGGCGCAGUAUCAGUCUCAGAUCUUCUCUCUGAGUCAGCUGGCCGGCGGCCUGGAGGGGGAGCUAUCCUCAGUGCGCGAGAGUGCAAUGCAACAGAGCCGCGACUAUCAGCUGCUGCUGAGCACCAAAGUGCAGCUGGAGCGCGAGAUCAGCACCUAUAAAGCCCUGCUAGAGGGCGCCGGAGAGUUCACCGGCCUCAGCUUAUCUGUCCCUGCGGUGAGGAAAGCAGCGCUGCUGAGCAGUGGAGCGGCGGCAUGUGCAG